AAGUAGCAAAUUGUGGUAGCAAACAGCGAUAAAUGUCAUAUUUAUGUGGAAAUACAAAGGCGAACACAGAAACUAGAUCGUUCAAGCAAACGCAUAAUUUUAAUCGAAUAUGUAAUUAAUAUCACUAUUUAGAUAUAUAUACAAAAUAACAUGGCGUUGAACCUGGAAAGUUGUGACAGCUUGCCUCCUGACGAGGAGCCAAAGUUAAAAUAUGAUAGAAUGGGUAAUGACGUACAAAAUAUACUAUUAAAAGAUGCCGUGAGCUGUAUCUGUGUGCACACAAAGUUUAUAUGUCUCGGUACGCAAUGGGGCGUAAUACACCUAUUGGAUCACGAAGGAAAUACAGUGCCGAUAUCCAUGGACAACAAUCAGAAAGAUUUACAGGCUCACGCGAUCGCCGUGAACAAAAUAUCUGUGGAUGUGAAUGGAGACUACAUCGCAAGCUGCUCUGACGAUGGCAAAGUGCUGGUGUAUGGGUUAUACACAGAUGAUAAUACUCAUAAUUUGACUCUAGGUCGUGUGGUCAAGUCUGUCGCCUUAGACCCCUAUUAUUUCAAAUCAGGCUCUGGAAGAAGGUUUCUUACUGGUGAUAAUAAAUUAACACUUUAUGAGAAAACAUUCUUGAACCGAUUACGUAGCACUGUCCUUUGUGAGUGCGAAGGAUAUGUGCAAGCCAUUGCAUGGCAUGAUCGUUUCGUCGCCUGGGCCAGUGAGGUUGGAGUUCGUGUGUACGACUUAGUGCCCAGAUGCUCUCUAGGUCUCAUCCAAUGGGAGAAAGCUCCAAAUCGAUCCAUAGAAGACUUUCGUUGUAACUUAUUAUGGUCUGCACCAAAAACCCUCAUGAUAGGGUGGGUAGAUACAGUACGCAUAUGUGUAAUACGAAAAAGAAGCCAAAUUGAGCUACAAACACGAGAUGUGACUGAAUACUUAGUUGAUCCUGUUUACACAUUUCAAACGGACUAUUUUAUCAGUGGCCUGGGUCCUCUCGAGGAUCAGCUCGUAUUAUUAGGAGUGCCCAAAGAACCCGAUGCAGAAAGUGGGAAAGCUCAAAGGCCUGUAUUGUCAGUUGCAGAUUAUAAGGAUUGUGACUUCUGUGAAGUUUCCACCGACAGCUUAAAUAUUCGGGGGUAUGAAGAGUACUCAUGUAAUGACUAUUACUUGGAUAUUCUGAUCGAAGAGAACCGAUUUUUUAUUGUAUCGCCAAAAGACAUUGUUAUAGCCAGUCCUUACGAUAUUGAUGACAGAGUCAACUGGUUAACAGAACAUGGAAGAUUUGAAAAAGCGAUUACCGUUUUGGAGGAAGUCGGCGGGAAGACCGCAAAGCAUUCAGUGGUGACGGUUGGAGUCCAGUAUUUAGACCAUUUAAUGUUUGAGCAUAUGUAUGAAGAAGCUGCAAUUUUGUGUGCAAGAAUAUGCAAAAAUGACAAAGUUUUAUGGGAGAACCAAAUACUUAAGUUUGCAGAAGUCAAUCAACUCCGGACAAUAAGUCCUUAUGUGCCUAGAAAUCCCGAUCAAGCCUUAAGUUCGCACAUGUACGAAUUAAUAUUUUACGAGUAUUUAAAAGUCGAUCCUCAAGGAUUUCUUAAAUUAGUACAAGAAUGGAAUCCUGGCCUUUAUAAAACUGGGGUUAUUAUAAAAGAAGUUUUGGAGCAUUUAUUGACAACUGAAGUUGAUAAGAAUAUUUAUUUGGAAGCAUUAGCUCUACUUUACUGCUAUCAAAAGAAGUAUGAUAAGGCAUUAACUGCAUACUUAAAGAUCCAGCACAAAGACGUCUUUAAGCUGAUUAUAAAACACGACAUGUACUCUGUGAUAUAUGACAAAAUUCUUGACUUGAUGAAUCUUGACUGUGAUACUGCUAUUCCACUUUUAUUAUAUGACAAGACAAAGGUACCCGUUGAAGUUGUAGAGAAGCAACUUCAAAAUCAUGAUUUAUAUCUUUUUAAAUACCUGGAUGCUUACAGUAAAGUAGAACCGAAUGGACGUUAUCACGGAAAGCUUGUCAAGUUGUAUGCUAAGUAUGCUCGAGAAAAAUUAUUGCCAUUUCUUAAAUGCAGCGAUAACUAUCCCAUCCAAGAAGCUCUAGACGUUUGUCAAAGCAAUGAAUUCUAUCCUGAAAUGGUUUUUCUACUCGGCCGAAUAGGAAAUACGAGAGAAGCAUUACAAAUUAUUAUUGAAAAGCUACAAGAUAUAAAUCAAGCCAUCAACUUCUGUCAGGAACAUAAUGAUAAGGAACUUUGGACUGAUCUUAUAAAACAAACUGUUGACAAACCAGAAUGUGUUACAUUGCUGCUAAAGAGGAUAGGUAAUUACGUAGACCCCAGGAUGCUCAUACAAAACAUACAACCUGGAUGUGAGAUAAAGGAUCUAAAAGAGUCACUCGUGAAAAUGAUGUGCGAUUACCAUUUACAAAUGUCUGUACAAGAGGCCUGUAAAGUAAUUACAUUGAGGAAUUACUUUGACUUGCAUGAAAAAUUAAUCAUGAAUCAACAGAGAGGUAUAUCUGUAACUGACGAGUUUAUGUGCUGUGUCUGCCAGGGAAGAAUCAUAAUGCGGGACCUUUCGAAUGCUUCAGACUUAGUUGUUUAUAAUUGUAGACAUUCUUUUCAUAUAGAAUGCUUGCCUGACGGUGUAUGCAACACCUGUAGUGUUUGCAGUGCUGUUAAAAUGUGACCCACGAUCUGCUCAAACUUAAUUAGGACUCAUAUAAUUAUAUAAAAUAGUAUUUUUCCAUUAAUGUACCUAAUUAUUGCAAUAUUUAUGUUAAUUUUAGUUUAUUCAAAUAAAACAUUUUCUUAAAUUA